CCAGCAUUCCAAGGGAAUUGCAGGUGAGGGUAUGCCAACACUUGUAGACGCCAAUGACUGCUUCAGCUUAUACCAUUCGCAAGUAAGAGUACAAAAUGCUCAAACCGCACUCAUAAAAGACUUUCUGCAACUACAAGGGUGUGAUCACAGCAGCAGACAGAGUGGGAGGGAAGGAUCCCGUUCUUUCUAAUCAGGUGCAGUACAUGACCUAUAUGAGUAACAGACUUGCUUCACACGGGAAGGUCCCUGGGAAACACACUGUACGUCUCACAGUGAGCGCACUGAAGCUUCCCUCUCUUCUGUUGGAACUUGUCAAGACAACAGUGCCUGCAGCAGCAUGUUGCAAACAGUCAGUGAGUGGCUGUGGUGGGAUCGUCUGUGGCUGCCGGCAAACGUCUACUGGUCUGAUUUAGAGGACAAAGAAGGUUAUGUCUACGCUAAAGCCUCUCACCUCUACGCUGCUCUGCCCUGCGCUAUCUGCAUGCUUCUAGUCAGAUACCUGUUUGAGAGGUACAUGGCCGCACCAUUGGCUAAUGUUUGGGGAGUCAGGGACAGAAUACGUCUCACAGCAGAACCACACCCACUCUUAGAAAACUACUUUUGCAGCAAAGCACGCUUUCCAUCACAGGCUGAUGUGAGGUCUCUUUGUAAGAAAACCAGUUGGUCAGAAAGGAGACUUCAAGUGUGGUUCAGGAGGAGGAGGAACCAGAACCGUCCAGGGCUUCGCAAAAGGUUCUGCGAAGCCAGCUGGAGAUGUGCCUUUUAUUUUUUUGCAUUUGUCUGUGGAAUCCUAGCUCUCUAUGAUAAACCGUGGUUUCAUAAUCUGAAGGAGGUUUGGGCAGGCUUCCCUAAACAAUCCAUGCUGCCAUCUCAGUACUGGUAUUACAUAUUGGAAACCAGCUUCUACCUCUCUCUGCUCCUCAGCCUCUCUUCUGAUGUGAAACGGAAGGACUUCAAAGAGCAGGUGAUUCAUCACACAGCUACACUGAUUCUUCUGAGUUUCUCCUGGAUUUCCAACUACAUCCGUAUUGGAACCCUUGUGAUGGCAGUUCAUGACUGCGCUGACGUACUGCUAGAGUGUGGAAAACUAUUCAAUUACGCCAAAUGGCACAAGGCUUCUAACGCCAUGUUUGUGGUGUUUGCAGCUGUCUUUAUGGUGACAAGACUUAUCAUUUUUCCUUUCUGGCUGAUUCACUGUACAUGGGUGUACCCACUGGAGGACCAUGCUCCCUUCUUCGGCUACUACUUCUUCAAUAUGAUGUUGGUGGUCCUGCAGGUGCUCCACCUCUACUGGGCUGUUCUCAUAUCACGAAUGUUUUACAAGUUUUUGUUCACCAAGCUGGAAGGUGAUGACAGGAGCGAUGAAGAGGAAGAAGAAGACAGUGACUCAGCAAAGGAAAGAAAUCAUAUAUUGAGUCACAUAAAUGGCUCUGGAAUUAGAGGCCGGGCCAGUGGCCACUGAUAAGGACAGGAGGCGCAUAGAGACUUUCGGUCUGAAUUGCAGCUGAAUCUAAUUACAUAUAGAUAAAGGAAUGAAUAUGCUUGAACAGAAAAAAAAAUAAAUUGAACUGUGAAGGAUCAUGCAUGAAGUCAUUUGAAGUUGCAUGUAUUCUGGAGUUCACUUUAUUCAGAACCUAAUUAAAAACAUAUAUAAAUAUAAUUUUUGUUGUGAUG